AUGAAGCUUGACAUGUUUGUCCAACUCAAGAACUUAAAGGGUCUCGACCUAAUCAACGUAAGCUUGUUAAUUGAAAGCAACAACAGAAGUCUUACUUUUCCCCAAUUAGAGACGUUAUCGCUAAGGUCAUGCAACCUUACCGAAUUUCCAGAAUUCAUCAAAACACAGGACAAGUUGGUUGAGUUAGAUCUUUCUAGCAAUCAUAUCCAUGGUAUUGUGCCUAAUUGGUUGUGGAAGAGCAGUCUUUCAUGGGUAGACCUUUCUUUCAAUGUGAUUGAUUUUCCAAAACAGCUUCUUUUGAAUGAUGCAAACUUCUCUUUCCCAAUGUUGUGGCAAUUGUGUAUGGGAUCCUGUAACAUAAGUGCAUUUCCAGAGUUCUUAAAGAGUCCAGAAAAUUUAGGAUAUCUCGACCUUUCAAAUAACAAAAUAAGUGGUGCAAUACCAAACUGGGUGUGGAAGAAAAAAUUGUAUUAUCUGAAUCUUGCAAAUAACCAUCUCUCAUCUUUGGACCAUUUUUUACCCAAUCAGAGUUUAACUUCUUCACAAAACUCCUUGGCUAGACCUAUUUGCAAUUUGAGUCAGCUUAGAACUUUCAAUGUAUCUCAUAACAAUUUGAGCGGCCCGAUUCCAAAUUGCUUAGGCAAAAUGAAUGCUCUCAAUUUGUUGGAUCUGCAAGGAAAUAACUUUAGUGGAAUGUUACCAAAAUUUUCAAAAGCAACCCAACUAUGGUUUCUCAAAGUUAGUGAGAAUAGAUUGGAAGGAAAGUUGCCCAGAACAUUAGCGGAAUGCACUCAACUUGAAGUUUUGGACGUGGGAAACAACACGAUAAAUGAUACAUUCCCUUUUUGGUUGGAGAAAUUGCCUUACUUGACGGUUCUAAUAUUGCGGGAAAAUAGAUUUUAUGGUCAAAUUAAACAUUUCAAACAUAAAUUCGUUUUCCCAAAUUUGGAUGUGUUGGACAUUGCUUCGAACCAGUUUUCUGGUGAACUAUCCAUUGAUUUCCUUCAAGCCACUCGAUUAAGGUCACUCAAAAUAGGUGGGAAUAAAUUGGAAGGAAGUGCCGAGAUCAUUAGUCAAUUGCACAAAGACUUGAGAGAAGUCGCCUUCCUUGAAGGUUCUCGUUUUAUGAGCAAACAGAUUCUACGGCACAAUUUCAAAAAUCGACACGAACGUGGGUUUCCAAAGCUACGAUAUUGGACAUUGGUUCCAAUCAUUUUUCGUGACUUGUCCAUUGAGUUUUUGCAAAGUUUGAAGGCAAUGAUGCAUUUAACAAAUGACGAUAAAGCUAAGUGGUUUUCCAUGGGAGAAUACCGGAAGAGAUACAAAUCCGAGGUCACUCGAGUGAUGAACUUAUCCAACAAUGGCUUCUCUGGUGAAAUCUCAUUAGCACUUCAAAAUCUAAAAGACCUUGAAUCUUUGGAUCUCUCAAGAAACCAGCUGUCAGGAAAGAUUCCUCCACAACUUUCAAGUCUAACUUUCCUGGAAGCAUUGAACUUGUCAAACAACCAACUUGAAGAGAGCAUACCACAAAGCAACCAAUUCAUGACAUUUACAAAAUGA